UUUAGACAUGGGGGUCAAGAAACGUUUGUAAUACUUUGCGUGUAGUGAAAUAUUAUGACAGCUUGGUUGCAGUACUUUUACUUAAGUACAGUAUCUCGCUACUUCCCACUAAUGGAGUGAAUGUGGUGCAUUUGACUGCUGCCCAGCCAGUUACUACGGUUAUUACACAUUACACCAGUAUGUGAAAAAUAUCAUACAAGUAUUUAAAAUAUCGAGUUACUUAAAAUUAUAUUGAUAUUGACAGAUAUAUUGGAAAUCUUUGAUACUGCAUUUCCACAUCUUCACCCGGAAGUGUCAGGAAACACGUCGUACGUUGCCGAAAGCUAUUGGUUGUCGAAAUUGCGUCACAGUAAAAAUUCAGCGUUUUGAUUGGCUGUCGUGUUCCUGCUACGUUCCCAUUCGCCCUCGAAUAAAAUCCGGAAGAAAAAUUACUUAUUUUUUAAGUUUCUCUGUUUUUAAUCUUUUGUUGUUUUAUUUUAUUGAUGUAUUCUUCUGUCACGUCGAAUGGGAAACAGACGACCAGGGUAGUAGGGUGAAAAUUGUUUAAAAUAAAAUAAAAAAUAAAAAUAUAAAGUGUACGCCGCUGCUCGUCGUCUCUUCUGCGGGAUCUGCGGUGGUUCUUCAGACCCGGAGGACCAGGCCGAGCCCGUCGACCCUCUCUUCCUCCACCAUCCGACAGGCUCACAGUCUGGGUAAAGGCGUGGCCAACGGAGGGAUGGCUCAGUUCCAAGAAAUGAUGCGGCAGCAGCUGGAGAGCUCCAUGCACGCCGAGCUGGAGAAACUGCUGGACACCACGGCGGGGGCCGAGAGAGAGGUUUCCAAGAAAAACUUUGAGGGCUUCAAGAAUCUGUUCCACAGGUUCCUUCAGGUGAAGGGUCCGUCGGUGGAGUGGAUCAAGAUCAAGAGACCUCCAGAGGACUCGAUCCAGCCCUACGAUAAGAUCGCCGCCCGAGGUCUGCCGGACAACGUGGCCGACAACCUGAACAAGCUGGUGGUGGUGAAGCUGAACGGGGGCCUGGGCACCAGCAUGGGCUGCAAGGGCCCCAAGAGCCUGAUCAGCGUCCGCAACGAGAACACCUUCCUGGACCUCACCGUGCAGCAGAUCGAGCACCUGAACAAGACGUACAACACCGACGUGCCCCUGGUGCUCAUGAACUCCUUCAACACGGAUGAAGACACCAAGAAGAUCCUGCAGAAGUACACACACCACCGGGUCAAGAUACACACCUUCAACCAGAGCAGGUAUCCUCGUGUCAACAAGGAGUCGCUCCUCCCCGUGGCCUCCAGCCUCAGCAUGAGCGGGCAGAGCGCGGAGGGCUGGUACCCGCCGGGCCACGGCGACAUCUACGCCAGCUUCUACAACUCGGGCCUGCUGGACCAGCUGAUCGCGCAGGGCAAGGAGUACAUCUUCGUGUCCAACAUCGACAACCUGGGCGCCACCGUGGACCUGCACAUCCUGCACCACCUGGUCAACCAGCCCAACGGCAAGCGCUGCGAGUUCGUCAUGGAGGUGACGGACAAGACCCGCGCCGACGUCAAGGGAGGAACUCUGAUCCAGUACGAAGGGAAGCUGCGGCUGCUGGAGAUCGCCCAGGUGCCCAAGUCCCACGUGGACGAGUUCAAGUCGGUGUCCAAGUUCAAGAUCUUUAACACCAACAACCUGUGGAUCUCACUGGCCGCCAUCAAGAGGCUGCAGGAGCAGAAGGACAUGGACCUGGAGAUCAUCGUCAACCCCAAGACGCUCGACGGCGGACAGAACGUCGUGCAGCUGGAGACGGCGGUCGGCGCCGCCAUCAAGUGCUUCGACAACGCGCUGGGCAUCAACGUGCCGCGCAGCCGCUUCCUGCCCGUCAAGACCACGUCGGACCUGCUGCUGGUCAUGUCCAACCUGUACAGCCUGGACGCCGGCUCGCUCACCAUGAGCCCCCGCAGGGAGUUCCCCACGACGCCGCACGUCAAGCUGGGCAGCUCCUUCACCACGGUUCAGGAAUACUUGACCCGCUUCGAGAGCAUCCCCGACAUGCUGGAGCUCGACCACCUGACGGUUUCUGGAGACGUCACCUUUGGGAAAAACGUUUCACUGAAGGGCACCGUCAUCAUCAUCGCAAACCACGGCGACCGGAUCGACAUUCCCGCCGGCUCCAUGCUGGAAAACAAAAUCGUGUCGGGGAACCUCCGCAUCCUGGACCACUGAGGCCCCGUAUUCCUUCCGAUUUUUCAGUUGUUUAUUUUGUUUUCCCGCCUCAUCAUGUGAUCCAGUCCACUUGUAUCCCUGUCAUGUGACCCGUCUGUCAUGUGACCCGUCUGUCAUGUGACCCGCCUGUCGCGUGACCCGUCUGUCGCGUGACCCGUCUGUCGCGUGACCCGUCACCCGUCUGACGCGUGACCCGUCUGUCAUGUGACCCGUCUGUCGUGUGACCCGUCUGUCGUGUGACCCGUCACCCGUCUGACGUGGGACCCUUCUGUCGUGUGACCCGUCUGUCGUGUGACCCGUGACCCGUCUGACGUGUGACCCGUCUGUCGCGUGACCCGUCUGUCGCGUGACCCGUCUGACGUGUGACCCGUCUGUCGCGUGACCCGUCUGACGCGUGACCCGUCUGUCGCGUGACCCGUCUGUCGUGUGACCCGUCUGUCAUGUGACCCGUCUGUUGCGUGACCCGUCUGUCGUGUGACCCGUCUGUCGUGUGACCCGUGACCCGUCUGACGUGUGACCUGUCUGUCAUGUGACCCGUCUGUCGUGUGACCCGUCUGUCGCGUGACCCGUCUGACGCGUGACCCGUCUGACGCGUGACCCGUCUGUCGUGUGACCCGUCUGUCAUGUGACCCGUCUGUUGCGUGACCCGUCUGUCGUGUGACCCGUCUGUCGUGUGACCCGUGACCCGUCUGACGUGUGACCUGUCUGUCAUGUGACCCGUCUGUCGUGUGACCCGUCUGUCGCGUGACCCGUCUGACGCGUGACCCGUCUGACGCGUGACCCGUCUGUCGUGUGACCCGUCUGUCGUGUGACCCGUGACCCGUCUGACGUGUGACCUGUCUGUCAUGUGACCCGUCUGUCGUGUGACCCGUCUGUCGUGUGACCCGUCUGUCGCGUGACCCGUCUGACGCGUGACCCGUCUGUCGCGUGACCCGUCUGUCGUGUGACCCGUGACCCGUCUGACGCGUGACCCGUCUGACGCGUGACCCGUCUGUCGCGUGACCCGUCUGACGCGUGACCCGUCUGACGCGUGACCCGUCUGACGUGUGACCUGCCUGACGUGAGCAGAUUGUGAGAUGAAGGUUGACGUUUACACGGUUGUAAUUUGCCUUUACUGCCCCCUGCAGGCUCCUUAUGAAUACUGUUAAAGGUUUAUAUUAUAUAAUAAUAAUAAUAAUGAGAUAAUCAUAGCUGUUGCUUUACAUAAUUCACAAUGAAGAGAAAAACAAAGUCAGAUUUUUUUAUUGUUUUUCAAUUUGCCAGAUAAUGAAACCUGCCAAAACAGAUGUUUAAUAUCGCUAGAUUAUACAUCAUCAUCAUCAUCAUCAUCUGUCGAGUGGGACUUCCUGAAGUGACGAGUUUCGACCGUUUUAAUUUUGAGCACUAGAGAUUUCACCGUGGUUCUGAUCUUCAGUUGAGAAUCGAUCAAACGAAAGAAACAACUGAAAUUAUGUUUCUCUCACAUUUCAGGAAUUUAUCGUCCACACACACACACACACACACACACGGACGUCACGCCAGGUCGUCUCUUUAGAAGUCAAAAAAAAGAAAAACAUUAUCCAUUGUGGAUAAUAAAUCAUGACGUGUCGUCUCCUCGUCUGUCGCCAGAAACAUUAGAACAAUGUUCAUUCAUGAGUGGAGCCAGAAGAAGUUUGGAGAAUCAUCAUCAGAGAUUGUGAAAAUGAAAAACAAGCAUGAAUGGAUCCGUUUCUUUAGUUGUAAAAACAUACGGAUUUGUCGCCACCUGCUGACGUCAUAUGGCAGAUGUGGCGUUCUGCAUUAACUGAAAGUGUUAUUCUCACCAGCAGACGUGUGGAGACAGUUUUAUUCAUCUGGACUCUUGUUUCACAUAUUCAACAUCUGGCUUUUACAAAAAAUACUGGUGAAACAGAAAUGAGAUGAAGAGAUUUUAAAGUAUUAAUUUCUCACAUUUAUUUAACGUGAGGAAAAUAAAAAGACAAGAGCCACAUUUUUUUCUGACGAGGUUUUCGUUCCUUCGUUGCUUGAUUUGACUUUUGAGCGUCGGCACACGUAGUCGAGGAUUCGAGGCUGACGUGAAGUUUGUGCUGAGAAAUUAAAACGGUUGAACGUCCUCUUCCUCAAUAACUGCAACGUGCAUCACGACUCCACUUCACAUUCCCACCUGCAGCAGGAGAAGAAAAUGGCCUCUGAGCUCCGCCCCCCUGUCGUGAGUCAUGAUGACGACGCCAAGAAGUUUGAUGUGAUCGUCGAAACCUGUAGAUGAUAAAACAAAAAGAAAUCACACUGUGCAUUAUUAUUCGUAUUUUUUUCUUCUUCUCCAGUUUUGUGUGUUCACCUUUUGACCUCCAUGUUGUGUGAAACCACGCGGCCCCGUCCGAGUGUCCCAUCCCGUUCAGCGUUGGCUCAAAAGCAAGACGGGACGUUUUUAAAACAUUGGAGUGUAGAAAUACUUGACGGGACGAGGUUCCGGGACGUGAGCGUCGGGAGCCUGAAAGCAAUAAGUGUUGAUCUGUGACGGAGGACGAGGUCUCGGCCCAGUUGUGCCUCAGAGCUGAAUAAAGAAAGUGCAAUAUGAGAAACUGA